AUGUUUAGAAUCAGUGGAGUACCUGGCACAGAAACAUCGUUUAGGUCUGCUGACUUGGGUGACCAUGUGCUGACCAGACCUGGACAACCCACAGUUGCACGAAUACCUCCACCUAUUUUGCCAAGACCAUCACAGCAAGUGGGGAGCAGUAGUCUGACCGCUUUCAGGCCAGCGUAUAGUAGUUCUUUUUCUGCAGGCUAUGGUUCAUAUGGAACCUCGUUUUAUGGAAGUUAUAGUCCUUACAGUUAUGGAUAUGGUGGUCUGGGUUAUAACCGCUUUCGUGCUGAUGAUAUUGAAAGCAUUGUGCAUGCGUUUGCUUCUGUCAGCAUGAUGAUGGAUGCCACCUUUUCAGCCGUGUACAACAGUUUCCGAGCUGUGCUGGAUGUCGCCAAUCACUUCUCGCGCCUCAAAGUGCACUUCACAAAGGUGUUUUCAGCUUUCGCUUUGGUGAGAACUAUAAGAUAUCUCUACCAACGUCUACAGCGUUUACUAGGUCUGCGGACAAGCUCGGAGAACGAGGAUUUGUGGGCUGAAAGUCAGGGGACAGUAGCUCGCGUUGGGCUUGAAGACAAGGCGGCUAACUCUGCAAAAUCCUGGCCCAUUUUCUUGUUCUUUGCUGUAAUAAUGGGAGGUCCCUAUCUGAUUUGGAAGCUGCUUUCUACGUACAGUGAUGAAGAAACAGUGUCUAGCAACUGGGCAAGUGGAGAAGAUGAUCAUGUAGUUGGAAGAGCAGAAUAUGAUUUCAGUGCCCUCUCAGAAGAAGAAAUUUCUUUCCGUGCUGGUGACAUGCUAAAAUUAGCACCCAAAGAACAACAACCCAAAAUCCGUGGUUGGCUUUUGGCUAGUUGUGAUGGCCAAACAACAGGACUUGUGCCAGCUAAUUACAUCAAAAUCCUGGGCAAAAGAAGAGGUAGGAGAAGAGUGGACCUGGAAAGGAUUGCAGAGCAACGACCAGCCUUUACCAACACAUCCGUUAGAGGAUCCACUGCUACUGUGACUUUACAGGAGCAGGAAGCUGCUUUUGAUGCUGUUUUUGCUGGAAGUAAUAAGGUUCCUGUUGCGUCUGACUCCACUGUUGUUAGUGGAGAGAAACAGGAACUCUAAUGCACUUUUCAUCAACAAAGCAACUGAACUGUGGUUUAUUGAUAAAACUUAGGAUUUGUUGAAAAUCUGUAUUGUAGUGGAACACUGAUGGGUCUGUA